UUACCUAUUCCACCUGUAUUUCAAUUGCUAAUAUGUUUGCGAUUUUAUGCAACUGCUAGCUUUCAGCUCAUCCUUGGUGAUACUAUGACAAUUUCCCAACCAACAAUAUCUAGAAUAGUUUUUCACGUAAGUGUUUUACUUGCAAGCUUGUUUAAUGAUUACAUAAAAAUGCCACAAACUCAAGAAGAUAUAUUAGAAAAUCAGAGGCUUUUUAAAAACCUAGGAUUUGGUAAGGGAGCUAUUGGAAUACCUGGUGUUGAUGGAGCAAUUGAUUGUACUCAUAUGCGAUUAGUUCAUACAAGAUUUCACAAUGUCGAUGAAAUAUACAGAAAUCGGAAAGGUUAUUUUUCUCUCAAUGUACAGUUGUUGGUCCAUGAAUGGAAUUUUUAGAUAUUGUGCCAGAAU